AUGGGACAUCACAACCUUCGCUUUGAUGGCGAUCCUUAUUCGUCCAGCGGAGCUUGGAGCCCGCCAACCAGCAGGGCAAAUUUCUGCGAGGAGGACUAUGUCAUUACCUUGUAUCUGGCAGAGUUUGUCAACGCCUUGACCAACGUCACCUAUGUCUACUUUGCUCUGCGAUAUAUGUAUGGCGGUUCUGGUAGACGGGGGAUUCUACCCGCCAGAUGGGACUUCAUGUCCGUCUCCCUGCUGGUUCUUGGCAUUGGAUCGUUUCUGUUCCACGCAUCGCUCCGCCAAACCCUCGAGUUUGUCGAUGAGCUGUCGAUGCUACUGCUCUCCUGGUCCAUGCUCCGGGCCAUUCUCAUAAUGCGACAGACUCCCUCAAUGGUCCGCCUCAUCACAGCAAUCCUCCCCGUCUUCUUCAUCUCAUUCUCCGUCUUCUACGUCUGGUCGGCGAAGAUCAUCUACCAGGUGAUUGGAUUCUGGUUUAGCCUCAUCCUCAUCGGCCUUCGCAUACGGUACCUCCUGUACUGGCUCAAGCCGGGCUUUUCUGAGAAGCAGACACACGAGUGGGCCGUCAGAAUCUGGACGGCGACCUUUAUCUGCCUGUUUGGAUACUUCAUCUGGAACAUUGACCUCGAGUUUUGCGCCGAGCUCAGAGAUCUUCGAGCGAGGGUCGGACUGCCCUGGGCGUGGAUCUUUGAGUUUCACGGUUGGUGGCAUAUCCUGACGGCUGUUGGUGCCAGUCAGUUCAUGGGUGUGGUGCGAGAAGUGCGCGAGGAGGCGGCCCGUAUGAAGCAGGAAUGA